AUCAUGACAGGCACAGUGGGGGAGUCCCUGAGUGUGCAGUGUCAGUACAAGGAGGAACACAAGACUAACGACAAAUACUGGUGCAGAGUUUCACUACCACUAUGUGAAGAGAUUGUCAGCACUAGAGCCUCAAAAGAAGCUAGAAAUGGCCGAGUAUCCAUCAGGGACCAUCCAGCCACCCUCAUCUUCACAGUGACCUUGGAGAACCUCACCCUGGAAGAUGAUGGCACCUGUAUAGGUGGAGUGGAUAUACUGCUUUUUGAUGACUCCUUGAGGGAGAUCCAUCCCUCCUUGGGGAUGGAUGACUUCUUCAAGGUUGUGGUGUCCGCGGUCCCAGGCUCUAGCCCCGAGAACAGAGCAAAUACCCUGGGAUCCCCCACGUCCUCACCAGUGCACACUCAGCCCAGCGUGACCACAGAGGACACAACUCCUGGUCCCAGCCUACAACCCCGGCCAGUGCUGAGCAGCAUCUACUUCCAGCUCCUGGUCUUUCUGGAGGUGCCCCUGCUCCUGAGCAUGCUCAGUGCGGUCCUCUGGGUGAACAGGCCUCAGAGGUGCUCUGGGGAGAAGCAGCAUUGUCCCAUUAGGAGAAUCAGUGAGGUCUGUUGACAUCAAAGCUCUGUUCAUGUCCCUGGACACAGCUCUUCUGGUGGCAGAGGACAACAAAUAAAUCUGUGAUUCUGAGAA